CGCCGACCAACGUUUCUUGCCUUGCCUAUCAGAUAUGGUGAUCCCUCCUCCACCAAGGCCUCCAAGGAUCAUAGACUUUCUUAAGCCUUAUGUACUGAAAAUGCAUUUUACAAAUAAGUUCGUUAGUGCCCAGGUGAUCCACACACCAACUGCUACUGUAGCAUGUUUUGCAAGCUCUCAGGAGAAAGCCUUAAGGUCAAGCUUGGAAACGACCCGAGAUGUGACUGCAGCUGCAAAGAUUGGGAAGAUACUAGGGGAACGCCUUUUGCUCAAGAAUAUACCUGCUAUUACUGUUCACUUGAAGAGGGAACAGAAGUAUCAUGGCAAGGUUCGAGCUGUUGUUGAUUCUGUUAGGGAUGCUGGUGUUAAGUUGCUCUGAUUAUUCUCAUAAAUAUUUAGCUGAAGAUCGGGGACGGUAUCCUUCUGGACCUUGUGUUGUAAUGGUGGAAAGUUUCUGUAUCACUUUAGUAUAAAUUCAGAACAAUAAUUAAUUGAAGAUGCUCAGUUUUGUUCCAUUAAGUCUUUCAACAUCAUUA